GCGCUUCGCAACCACUGUCGAUGCGUUACACUUUCUUUCACAAACUUAUUCGUCGCUAUUAUAAGAAGUGAUUCAGCUAUAAAGAUAACAACGCUACUUUUGUUGCUUAGAUAGUCAGUAAUUGCAUCUAUGUCGUGUUUGAGUCCCAUCAUUGUAUAGAAAACAGUCAAAUCAUUGCACGAGCGUUUAUUUACUUUACGCAGUAUAAUACCACUAUUAUAGGGCUGCGUUUUUAAAAAGACGAUAUGUCUGUGGCAAAAGAAAUGUAGUAAAUGAGGUGCAUUAGAGGUUUCGUCGAUCAGGAAUAGGUCUACUCAGUAGGCCCUAUUUUGUCUAGAAACCGAAAAUCAGUCGGUUUAAUAAGUUAGUGGUUGCUUACAAAACUACACCUUACACUUGACUUGUAACUCCUGUAUAUGUCUUUGGUGUGGUGAUCGUCUGAUUUCAAGUAUGGUACCGGUGACGUUUUUAUUAAGCACAGAGAGCUAUAGGAUGGUUCGUAGCAGAAUUGCUGACAGGCGUCAAGGAAGGAGCAGAGCAAGGCUUAUGCGGAAGGAAGUAUGCUACGAUGAUGUGGGUUGUUUUGCAAUGCCAAAAAAGCAUUCAGCAUUCAUGAAAGUGCCGGAAUCACCUGAAAGUGUAGAUACAAAAUUCUGGCUAUUCACUCGUGCCAACACAACUGCUCAGGAGGUUAUUGACUAUGGGAAUGGUUCACUGCAGAGUACUAACUUUAAUCACAGUAAACCACUUAAAGUGCUUAUUCAUGGCUACAAGGGAAGUGGAAGAGACAAGGGUGCACUGACAGGUGUAGCAGCCCUUAUUAAAAAGGUGGACGCGAACAUAUUGGUUGUGGACUGGCAGCGGGGCGCUGCAGGGCCAUCGUACGCCACGGCAGUGGCCAACACUGAGUUGGUAGGCAGGCAACUUGCUCUGCUGCUGCUACACAUGAUACAGUCUGGGAUUCAGCCCAGUCAGAUACACGUGAUAGGAUUCAGCCUGGGAGCACAUGUUGCAGCUUGCGCCAGCAACAUUCUCAGGAGCCACAACAUUCUUCUAGGGAGGAUCACAGGACUCGAUCCAGCUUCACCGAUUUACAAAAGCAGUCUGCUGCUACAGUCCUACCGCAAGCUGGAUACCAAUGACGCAGCGUAUGUUGAUAUUAUUCAUACCGAUGGUAGUCGUACCUGGGCUGAAGGUUUUGGUUUGCUGCGACCGCUGGGCCACGCUGAUUUCUAUCCCAACGGAGGUCGCACUCAGCCUGGGUGCACGGAAGGGUACGCUGCCGUCGUUGUCAGCCACCUGGAAGGGACAGUAAAUUCGAGCACAGUAUGCAGUCAUGUGAGAGCAUGGUCGCUGUUCUUGGAAACGCUCAACGAGCCCAAUUCAGAAUGUCAGUUCAUUGCCUAUCCCUGCUCAGAAGGAGAAGGGCUGCCUUGUUUUCCACCCAAAGAGGCCUGCAAGGAUCCUUCCUCAUGCGCCAUCAUGGGGUGGAGAGCUCAGGAGUCUCAAGCUAGAGGCGCUUUGUACUUGGUUACCAGAGACCGCCACCCGUUCUGUGGUAAACAACUUCGAGCGUCCGUAAAUCUAGCAGAUGGGAGACUACGAUCUCAUGCAGGGCUGAGCCUAAUAGUUCAUCAUGGAUCUUCGGCGACUACAUUUGAGCUUAACAGUGGGUUCGCAGACAUUGAGGAAGGAGGGAGAACAAUAUGGGGACUUGCUGCAGCAGAAUAUUCCAGUAUUGAUCCUGUAACUACUCCUAAACUUGUGGCAACUCUCAGUUGCUCAAAUACAGCCAGAUUAGUUGACUCAGUACCUGUAAUAUCGGUGCAGUCAGUGUCAGUUGCAGACCUUCACGGAAACAGUUGGAAUUACUGCGGCGGUGAAGCUAUUACAGUAGAAAGAAAUGACCAAAUUUCCGAAGUUAACUUCACAUUAGUUAACAAGAACUGUUAGCAUAUUUUUUUGACAUUAUGGUGAGCCCAUACGUUUCAUAUAUGAAUUUCAUCGUGCUGAUUUUUAAAUAUGUAAAUUCUCUGUUGGAAAGCAAUUAAGUCUGUGGAAUAUUAAUAUUCUGUGCCCAGUAUUAGAUCGAAAUGAACUCGAAAUCUUUUCUCAUCCUCAACAUACAUGCCGUACUGUGCGGUACCAUAGAAGAGGAAAAAUGGUUGUACACAAGCAUUUAUACAAAAUAUACACUGCCGGGGAAAAAUAGUACAUCUUUUUCUUUCAGAGGUGAACAAUUCAUUCAAGAUUUAUUAUUGCAACAGCAUACACGGAGUAUAUGAAAUUAUUCCAUUUACAUAUCAACAGCACAAGCGGUUCUGAGGUACCUGGAAUCGACACAUGAUGAAACACACAUAUUAGUACGGGGUGUAACCUCCAUGUGCGGCAGAGCAAGCGCUUACUCUGGAUUCCAGUCGAUCGUGUAGAUGGCGAGUACUGUCCUGGGAUAAUGCCACGCCAGCUCGACCUGUUCAUGGAGUUCUGUUAGAGUUGUUGGUUGACGUGUCGCACGAAUCACCUCUCGUCCCGUCAUAUCCCUCACAUACUCCACUUGACACAAGUCCGGAGAUCGAGCUGACCAGGGAAGCUAUUGCACGUCUUGCAGAGCACGUUGAAUUUCAUGGGCAGUGUGUUCGCGAGCAUUAUCUUGUUGGAACAGCACAUCCCCUUCCUGUUGCAAGAACACCAAAAGAACAGGUCUAACAACAUUCUGUACAUACCUAGCGCUCCAGAAAGACCAAAGAUGAAUGAGGGAUAUAGCUUAAUGUACCCCUCACCAUAAGGUCUGGGCUGGGACCAGAGUGUGUUUGACGAAUGCACUCUACGAGACAGCGCUCAUCAAGUCUACGUCGUACGCACAAACGAGCAUGCUAGCGGAAUCUGCUUUCAUCAGUGAAGAUCACGGUGCCCCAUUCCAUCUUCCAAGGGAUCCUCUGACGGCAUUAUUCGAGCUGUGCCCGUCGAUACUGUAGCGUGAGUGGAAGACAGGCUACUGAUGUGUGUGCCCGUAGUCUCACUGCUAAAACACGUUCGCAACAAUUCGUGAUGACACGUCUGGACUCGAGUAGUGAAAUUUUGUGAACUAUCAGGCCUCAUCCCUAAACUGAUGGGGAAGGGUGGCAGACUUUAGUACGUAAUAAACUGCUCUGCAUGUGGGGACAGCCUUCGACCCCACCCAUGAGAUUUCCUGUUGAUUUUUCAUCAGGGCGCUGAUGACCGUGAUGUCGAGCGACCCCUCAACCCAACUCAUCA